CACUUACCAAGUGACGAUAGACAAGUGAAAAUAGGCUCCGCUUUUAAGUUUAUUUUACUCUUAGCUAUCUCCAUGUAUUCAGGAACUCUAUUCUUAUCUAAGCACGCAUUUGGUUAUUUCUAGAAUGGUUCGGUACAUGUGCUUUGUACCUCACAGCUUAUACCUACAUGUACCUAAGUCUUCUAGGUUAACUCCUAAAAAUAACCGGCCUGCACUUAUAUAAAAUAUAAGCUGUUAAAAUGGCAUCACCAACCAAUAAUAUCCUGGGGGCAGAGGAGGAAGAUGAUGACUACAUGAACAUGACCUUCGGCGAGGAAGAACCUAAAACUACAGAAACAUCUCUCCAGCGGCGGCAACGGCUCAAGCGCGAGGGUGAGAUCAAGGGGCGCGUCAAGUCAAAAGCUGAGCAGGCCGCAGCAGAGCGCGAGGAGCGUGAGAAGGCGUUGAACGAGUCGUUACUAGACAGUGCCCGAGCUAAGAAAAGCAAGGGCUUUGCCAUGAUGGCGAAAAUGGGAUUCAAGCCUGGCGUCGCACUUGGCAGCGCGGACAGCGCCGAACACGCGCGUCUGGAGCCCAUACGUCCCCAGGUGAAGGAAGAUCGAGGCGGUAUUGGCCUCGACUCGGAUCGCAAGCGUGCGCUUAACGAAGCGGCGGCCCAUAGCGAGAAGAGGCAGAAGGUCGAUGAGACCGAGUUCCGAGACCGCGUGCGUAGGGAACGCGAGCAGGCGAGACUAGAGCGACAAGUUUAUGCCGCGAUGAAGGUGUGCGAACGCAUGGAUGAGGAAGAGCAAGGUGUCACGAAGACGUACGGCGAAGAGACAGAGGAGACAACGACAAAGACGCAAAAGAAAAAGAAGAGAACGAUAUCUACGCGACCGCUAAAAUCUAUCCCAGUAGUAUGGCGAGGCCUAAUCCGGAACCGGGAAGAAGCAGAGCGGGUCCGGCGAAUGCGGCAUGACCUAGAGCAGAGCUCAACGCGGCUCCCGACGUUCGUGGAAGAUCUGGAAGAUGACGAUAAGACGGCGCUAGGAAAGACGGCUACGGCGUAUGUCCAGGUCGAGGAUCUCGAGGAGGAGGAUCCGGAACUAGAUGAAUUCAAUGCGCUGGAGGUUGAGGAGAGAUUAAAGAGGCUGGUGGAGUACCUCAGGAAGCAAUAUAAUUACUGCCUCUGGUGUAAAUGCGGUUAUCCGGACGAGACGAUGGAGGGGUGUCCCGGGCUGACGGAGGAGGAUCAUGAUUGAGGAAUGCUAUCUCGCCGUCCUACUUCAAACUAUCCUAUGUCUGGCCAAAAUAUUGUCCAAGUCGCAGUUGAACUUACGACAUGGGCCUAUAUGUAAGGCGUCGGGGGAAAUCAUAUACAGGAUGAGGACACUGGGAUUCCAAGGCCGACAAUUCCUUAGGCCCAGGGCAGUUGAUGUUCCAAGUGAGUUUUUAUGAU